AUGAUGCAGGGAUAUGAUUACGAUUCAGAUGAUUCACAACCGACAUCUUCAACGAAUUGUGAGUUUUUCUUUGCAAGAUGAAGCUAAUAAGUAUCUAUGUCUAAAUAUAAAUUUCGAUAAGCGAACUAAUAAAGUUUAGCCGACCGGAAAUUGUAUUUGCAAUUCGAAACUAAUCAGAAUAUGAUGAUUGAACACUUGAUGAGAUACUGUAGGAGGAAAUGAAUAUUUUUUGACGUGCAGGUUACCAAAAAAAUAAUUGUGAGCUCAAUUAUAGAAUUCUCGAGAGACUGAGUAUUAGGAAAGCCUUUUUUAUUAUAAAAAAAUAUUCUGAUAAAUUUCGGUGGUCAUUUUCUAGCACAAAAGACACUAGGAAUCAGGGCCGGUCCAAUUUUAAAGAUUUUGAAAUCAGAAUUUGAGUCUAGAAUCUGGUUGUUCAAAUCUGAUAGUCUAGCAGUCUAAAACAGCUAGAUUCCUAGAAAAUAGUUAUCAGGAAUUCAAAAAUGGCCCAAUUUCUUUUCUGGUCCGACUAGAUUUUGGCUCACAUUGGUUUGUUGAGUAAACUAUCAAAAACUUUUCAAAUCAGAAACAAAUAACGCAACCGAACGCUAUCAAUUUUCAGCCAACAGUUCACCACUUUUCAAUCCUCGCCCUCACAUUGUCAAAAUCGUGAAAUCAAACACGGGUUUCGGGUUCAAUGUCAAAGGACAAGUUAGCGAAGGAGGACAAUUGAGAAGUGUAAAUGGUGAAUUAUAUGCCCCAUUACAACAUGUGAGUGCAGUUUUGAUAAGAGGAGCUGCAGACACAGCUGGAUUACGAAAAGGUGAUCGGAUUUUGCAAGUGUAAGUUAUUGAAAAGCAAUUCGUUUCAAAAAUAUAAAAAUAAAUAUUUAGAAACGGUGCAAAUGUGGAAGGAGCAACGCAUCGAAAAGUUGUUGAAUUGAUAAAAAAUGGGGGAGAUGAGCUAACAAUGAUUGUUAUUUCGGUGAAUGAUAAUGAAAUCGAUCGAUAUGAUUAUGGAGAAGAGAGUUCGAUAAGUUAUACAAAUGAUUAUUCGGAAAGUCGAAGUCUUCCAAUUUCUGUUCCUUCUUACCAUACAAUCAAUGAUGGAAUUGAGCGAUUUGUUGUUUUCAAUAUUCAUAUGGCUGGAAGACAAUUGGGUUCUCGAAGAUAUUCGGAAUUUGUUGAGAUGCAUCAAAUGCUCAAAAAACACUUCUACGAUUUCUCAUUUCCACAUUUGCCUGGAAAAUGGCCGUUCAAAUUGUCGGAACAACAAUUAGACGCGCGUCGUCGAGGACUCGAACAAUAUUUGGAGAAGAUUUGUAGUGUUCGAGUUAUUGCGGAGAGCGAUAUUGUUCAACACUUUUUGAUGGAAUGCGAUCCGAUGUGUGAGGUGGAGAUUCGAAUUUUGUUGCCUGACAAUACUCCAAUGUCAAUUAGGACAAGAAAAAGUGUGUCGAUCUCGAUGUUCUAUUCGUUAGUUCAAAGAAAGUUACAUAUGAGUCGAGAAGCUUCAGCUGCAUGUGCUAUCUACGAAUUGUUAGAUUCGAAUUUCGGUAAGUCUCGAAGAUUCUCGCCGUAAUUAAAUUAUUGUAAACUGCGCUGUUUUUUAGUAAGUGAGGAUUAAAAUACGUAAUUUUCAGAUUACAGUAUUUUACAACGUAAUUACACACGUUGGUUUACUUGAGAAAUGAAAUCUGUCUCAAAAUUUAGGGCACACUUGUAAUAGUGAAAACAUCUAUCUAAAGUUUAUAAAUAAAGAUCUGUUUGGGCUCCAUUUUCAUUCGGCUAAUCCAAAUUGAGCCCACCUCUCUCCUCUUCCAACCUAGUCAACAUAAAAAAUUUUCAGAGCGAAAAGUGAUGGACAGCGAAUGUGCACACGAUCUCUACACCCACAAUUAUUCGUCCGCCUCUUCUUCCUGCCUUAUUCUCCGAAAAUUCAUUUUCGACAUUGAAAAAAGAGCGACAAUUGUGUCGAAAAGACUUGAUCUUCAAACAUUUCUGUUUCCUUCAAGCAAUUUCGGAUAUUCAGAAUGGAAAACUGAUCACAACACGAAAAAACUAUCAACUAAAAGCGAUGCAAAACGAGGAAAAUAUGGAUGAAUUAUUGGAAAUGGCUAGGGGAUUGGAGGGAUAUAAUCAGAUUACAUUUCCAGAAAGUCUGUGUGUUUUGAAAAAGUCAAAGAAGAAUGUUGUCAUGGUGAUAAGAUACAAAAAUUUGUUAUUGCGAUCUAAUGAUGAGGUAGGGCCACGGAUUUUAUUAAAGAACUAUUAACAAGAAUUAAAAAAACAAUUUCAGAACUCAGCUGAUCUUGAAAUCGAUUGGUCAAAAAUGUUGGAAUUCCGAGUAUCAGAAGAGGGAAACUCAUUCUUAUUUGAAUAUUCGCGUGAAGAAAUUGACAAAAAACCAAAACUAAUUCAACUCGAAACUCCUUUCGCAGAAAAUAUGGCAGAAUGUUUUGCAGAAAUUCAGUAUGAAAGAAAGAAAAAAGAAAAUGCAGCAGCGUCAUCAUCAUCAUAA